ACCCUCCCCUCCACUCCAGUCCCACUGCGAUAACAACGCUGCGCCAAACUCUCUACACACUGUUCACGCAUCUUAGACUCCAUUCUUCUCCUCCUAACCCUACCUUUUAACUCUAUUCACCAAAAACAUCCCAUCCCAUUCGUAAUUCAAUUUCCCAAAACUCCCCUCCAUUUUUCAUUUGAUGGGGGCAAUUCAGUUAUUUUAAUUUUAAUAACUUUAUUUUUUUAUUUUUUUAUUUCCAUUUUCUCUCCUUAUCUUGGAAACUCUAGGAGUGGCUUAGAAGCCUUAAACACAAAAAGCAAAGAAACCCCAAGAAUCAAAACCAGGUGUACUUUCAUUGUUUGCUUAAAUUGCCAAAAUUUUAGAAUUCAUUACCAGCAUUGCUUAGGUUUCACUACUAAUGGCUGUUAUAUAUGGGAACCACCCAUAGGCUAGUUUCCACGCAAAGAAUCUCUUCAGUAACUGAAACAAAAAAAAAUAAUAAUCAGUUGGAUUUAUUCAAGAGAAGAUAAUGGGUAUGCUUGGUUUUCUGGUGUUGGUGGCAAUGGUAAUGGGCAGCGGAACAAUUCGCUCAGAGGCAAAGCUGAGCACUUCUUACUACGACCGGACUUGCCCUCAAGUGGAGAGGGUGGUGUCUGAAACUGUAUGGAACGCAUCGAUGCACGACUCCAAAGUCCCGCCCCGCAUCCUCAGAAUGUUCUUCCACGACUGCUUCAUAACGGGAUGCGACGCAUCAGUGUUACUAGACUCGACUCCUAAAAACCAGGCAGAGAAAGAUGCACCACCCAAUGUAUCCUUGCGCUCUUUCUACGUGAUAGACCAGGCCAAAGCUAAGCUCGAGACUGUUUGCCCGAGAACGGUCUCAUGCUCUGACAUCCUCACUAUAGCAGCAAGAGAUGCAGUAACCCUGUCAGGAGGCCCAUACUGGAACAUGAAGAAGGGAAGGAAAGAUGGUAAGGUUUCGAAGGCCUCAAACACCAGAGGCCUACCAGGACCCACAUUCAAUGUCUCUCAGCUCCUCCAAAGCUUCUCAAACCGAGGCCUCUCUAAAAAAGACCUAGUGAUCUUAUCAGGAGGCCACACUAUUGGUUUCUCCCACUGCUCUUCCCUCAAAACACGGAUUCGUAACUUCAAUUCGAGCCAUUUUUCUGACCCCACAAUGAAUCCUGAAUUCGCUGUCACUCUUAGAACCCAAUGCCCUCCCCACAAUGUGAACCCUAAUGCUGGCCAAUUACUUGACUCCACUUCGAGAAAAUUUGAUAACAAUUAUUAUAAAAGGUUGAUGGGAGGUAAAGGAGUGUUUGGGUCUGACCAAGACUUGUUCACUGACCCUCGAACCAGAGGGCUUGUUGAACUGUUUGCAAAGGAUCAAGGGGCAUUCUUUAGAGAGUUUGCAGCUUCCAUGAUCAAGCUGGGGGAGGUAGGUGUGAAGGAUAAGGAUGGUGAAGUCAGGAUUAACUGCAGGAUUGUUAACUGAUGAGACAGCAGAGAGUUUUCCCAAGGAGAAAUAAGAGCAGUAAAAAGUCAUGAAUUUUUUUUGUGAGUGUGAAACACUAUUGUAUUAGUAUUUAAUAAAGAGUUUUCCAGCAAACAA